GUAACCUCCCACAAAUCCACUUUUAGUUUUGCUUUUUGUUACCUUGAGCAGAAAACCAAAAAAUACAUUAUUCGUUUUCACCAGCUUUCACAUGUAAGCUAACAAAUUCUAAUAUUACUAAAGUCAAACCAGAGUCAAUCGUCUUCGAUUUAACUUAAUUAUAUUUAAUCAAUCAAAUUUUAUAAGAGCCGUAGGCGUAGCUGAAAAUUGUCUCCCAACAAGUACAAAUUGAAAUUGAAUGAUUGAAUGCCAAGUUUUUUCCAAUUCCAAGAUUGACGUUUCUGAUUUCCCUUGAGUCCCGGGUACUAUAGUUUGACUGUGGAUUUUUAAUGUGACUGGUGUAAUUUACUAGUACUGGGACUGUAACUGUAAUCUCUGGUUUAAGUUUACUACCACUAAGGGGUCGUCCAUUAAUUAAAUUAUAUCAACACCAAAAAAAAAAGGGUUUGGUUGGGGGGNAAAGGGUUUUGGGGGGGGGGGGGGGGAUGGAAAUGUCUGACAAUUAUUGACGGGAAGGGGAGGGGGGUAGAUUAGUUGAUGUCAACAAUCAUGUUUUCUCUAUUAAAAUGUUAAUCUUAAAAAUUGACUGGUUAUUACAUUAUUUGGCUACCCAUUAUUUUAACAAAUUUAAUGAGUGUAAAUUAAAAUAGUUAUAUAAUAUAAUUUUUAAGCUAUUAACAAUAUAAGAUUUAUUUAAUGAAAAUUAAUGUGUGUCUGUCUGUGCACUGCUGAUGGUUGGUCAGAAUGUUAGCACAUUUGUUAGUGUAAGAGAAGUCAAACAUUUGCCUCUCUUUGCCUGGAGAUUCUAUUUGCGCAAAUGACUAGGUUGGUAUGUUUGCGGUCAUGUUGCAGGUAUGGAACAAGGACAAGGUUCAAGUGUGAUGUGCAGUCAAGAUAAAUGGUAUUGAUAGAGUAGGAAAAUGAUAUUAUGAGAAUUAGGGGAAAGUAAAGUGAGUAACAAUAAUAACAUCGCUGCUUGAACGGAUUUGCAAAAUCUGUAGCUUCUAUUUUGCAUCACAAGUCAUGUUGAAAAAGCAAGUUCAACAACACCGACAAUGCAUAAAAAAUUACCACCUGCUCUGCAACAAAAAAAAAAUUUGACUAAUGCAAGUAGCUGCCAGGAGACUGAGAGAGCUUAUGGCAGUUAUUGCUCACACUGUCAAUGCUUCUAUUUAAGUGCUGAAUGGUUAGAUGAGGAUGAUGUUGAUGUGUCUGGUAUAUCAAUUCCGCAAGAUGAAAAUGAUAAAUCAGCUACUAUGCCCAUUGUUAUGAUAGAGCAACACCUAGCUACUCCCUGGGAAGAUGAUAGCAGCUAGAAACUAUGCUACAAUUGUCAGCUAUACUGACAAUAAUCAUAUUUCUACUUCCACAAACAAUGAUAUUUAGUCUUUAACAACCUUUUCAUUUAUUCUGCAUUAUAAAAUUUCAGUUUAAAAACUUUUUAACUUGUUGAUUAUCAAGCUAAAGGUGCAAUAAAAUGAUUUCCCUACAAUUUUGUGUUAUUAAAAUAGAUCAGCACAAAGUCAAAUGUAUUUAUAUAUUUAUUUAUGUUAUACCGGGUAAUUCAUUUUUUUUUGUAAACAUAUGUUGACAUAAUUACUUAGGGGCAGUUUGACAGUUGUUAACAGGGGGGUCAAAAUUGCUUAAAAAUUAUUGACAUAAUUAAUGGACGCCCCCUAAUCAUACAAUGAUAAUAAUAAUAAUUGAUAAGUUAGGCUAACUUAGGCCACCUAAAUAUUUAUAAUGUAUAUUAUUGAUGAUAUUUUUUGUCAGGCCAUUCCACUUAAUUUUAAAUGACUUAAUAAUUAAAAUAAAUAUUGUAAAUAUGUAUUUUUUAUAUCCAUGUUUUAUUUUUAUCUUGUUACACAACUUUAAAAAAGGGUAUACCGGUUAAUAAAAUAGUGCAAUAUAAGUGUUUUAUUAACUUAAAUCCCUUCAUGAAAUAAAUGGUACUCUUAAUAAAAUUCAUAUAUUUUUAAUUAAAUUGAAUUAACAUAUACAAUUUUCAAAUACGACUUUUACAGAUUGCAUUGGUUUGAAUGACAACAUUCAAUUAAAAAACAAUGGAUCUGAGCCUGAAUGAUUUACCCUUGCGUCGUCUUUGUUUCUCACAAGCUUCACUGCGUGAAGGUAUCAAAAGACAGGUUGGUUAUAUUCAUACUAUUUUAUUAUUUUUAGCAAAAGACAACCAAGAGCAAAAUGUCUAAUUCUUCUCUCUAUGAUGACAAUUAGCACUUACUUAAAAUGAUAAUUAUUGUUUUUGUUUUUUAAGUGACAGACUUUUACAUUUAUUUAAAAUCUUGUUUUCACUAUGUUUUCUUUUACAAUAAAUAAUAAUAUUAAUAAAAUAAUGAUUUUUUUCAACAAGUUAUUGAAUUUUUAAAUCUUUGAUUAGAUUAUAGCUGAGGUUGCUUCAGACCUUUCAAACCUGUCAACUCCAUCUGGAAAAAAAGACCUAGUGAAGCUAGCAAAUAAUCUUGUUCCUUUCUUAAAUGAUCCGACAUUUUCCUCAAUUUGGGUUGCACUCUUUGAUAGACUCUCAAGUUUUGCAAUUGAUGAAGAGAUCACUUCAGUUUUUAACAGUGCUAACCAAAAACAAGCUGAGCUAUUUGAAGAAAAAAAUAACAGUAAGUGAAAGUGUAAUUUAUUUAUAGAUCCUAAAUAUACUUAUCUGUUUAUUUAAAAAGUUAAUGUCCAGUUAAGCAAAGUAUUUGAUAUAUUUUUACAAUAAAUAUGAUUUAUUUAAUUUAAACAAAUAUUUUUGUUUCAGAAACAAUCCCAGUUUCAGUUCUGCAUCGUUUAUGGCUGGCCCACCUGCCAUGUUUGGAAUUUACUAUUCUUACAAUUAUCAAGCAUAUCUCAACAUCCAAGUACUGUUUUCCUGCCAGGAUUAGGGAUGUGCUGAACAAAAGUUUUAUUGUGAGAAUAAUUAAUUAGCUGAUAUACCCGGCUUUGCCCAGAAUUACAUUGACUUAAGUCUAACAUAACAGCGCUGUCCAUAAUGUGUCGUAUAAUUUAUUACUGGAGGGGGAGCCCUAUAAAAAUUAUUUAGAAAAGUACUUUUAAAAACUGUAACUUGGUUGAAGGGACUGGUCCAUAAAGUGAAGUAAUUGAUCAAUAUAGUGCAACAGUUAAGACUUAAAUGUAGCAGUUAAACUUUACAAGUUAUAGAAGUAAAAUCAUUCACCAGAUUUAGUAGGUAAGGCCUUUUUUAUUAUUAAAAAUUGGACCCUAGCCUAAAAAAAGAUAUAGUUCACAUAGUCUAAGCAAAAAGUAUCUUGUUCUACCAUUUCCUUCAGAUAGCUUCUUUAUCUUUUAAAAAGGGCCAUAUAUAAAUCCUGUAGAUGAAUAUUCAGUAUUUAAUAUUUUUAUAUCGCUUGAGGGGCAAAGAUGUUAAACUUUAUUUGAUUGAGAGGCCCCGUCAGGGAUCAGGACCAAAAUGUAUCAUUUAAUUUAUCAUUCUAUAUUGGACAUAUGAAAAUUCUUUAAAGAUAUAUUCAAGCUUUAAAAGCUGAAAAUAAUUUAAGUUGCCUAGCUGGAGAUUCCAGUGCACAAUUUACCAUUUAAUUUUUCACUCUAUCAAAAUCCUUUAUUUGCGAUAGUUGUAAAUCUGUUGAGUGGUCACUGUUUGAGCCAAGUCCAAAAGAUGCCAUUUAAUUUAUUACAUUAAUAUUGCCCCUUUUCAUUUUCUUCUUAUUAAUAUUUCAGGUAAUCUUUAAAAGCUCCGAAUGGUUCCUUAAGGUUCUACAGUUAUAAAUUUAAUAGGGGCUCAAUGAAAAUAAAUUAGAUAAAUUUUAACUUUAAAAAUUGUAAACAAGGAUUCAAAGUAUCAUUUAAAGGGGGCCCUUUCAUAAUUCUUACACAUAAAUAUCCUAGGCAAUGUUUAAAGUUUUAAAUUGGAUUGGGGGCCCCAAUAAUGGAAGUUAUACUUAAAAUUUUAGGUCCUGUGGGACAAACUUGGUUUGAAAAAUAAUUUACAUAGCCAAUGAUACAUGCAAAAUUUCAGCCCUCUGGGUCCAGGAGUGUUUGAAAUUUUUAAAAAUUAUAAAAUUGUAUGUUUUGAAAUAAUUUCUUUUAUCUCUUUAUGGUUGCAGUUGUAUUUGAUAAAUUUUCAAGGGUGCUAGUUCAAUAAUUUUCAGGUUCUUGAAAAAAUACUAAAUAUGUUAUGUUACAAAGAGUAAUACAUAUUAUUUAUUAAGUAAUACAUUUGUUAAAUAGGCAUAUUAUGACUACAUUGGUAUUCCUUACGCAUUCCAGUUCAAUGGUGAUUAUCUAUACUAUGAAAAAUAUUAUUUUUAUUUUGUGAAUUUUUAAUUUUUCUAGCUGUACCAUGAUUAAGGGUGGUAAUCCAGAUAUUUAGCCCUAUAAUAUUUACGUACACACAUGGAUUGUUACCAAAGGUCAUCAGCUUAAUUUUAAUAAAACAUUCAAUUCCGCAUCUCAUUAUGUUCAUUAUAGGCUGAAGUUUCCAGCAGAGAGCCACUCAUUUACCAGACAGUGUAUCGUAUGAUAAGUUCCAUUUCCUUACAGUCUGAUUACCCAGAUAUUUUAGUUGAUCUCCUUGCAAUGUUUUGCCGUGCAUCAAGACAAAGGGCAGUUGGAACUCCUUAUCAAGAUCAGGUUUUGAUAGCUUACUAAUUUAGCAUUUACCAAUAGUUGAUUAUUAUUGUGUGCAAUACAUCUUCUAGUUUUCAUCAGAGUUAGGUGUGCAAAACAAAAUAAGUUUGAAAUAAUUAAGGGACAUAAAUUAUUACAAGUUGUUUGUAUUUUAAACAAUGUUAAGCACACUUUGUACAAAAAUUGCUCAACAUUAAAAUUAGCAACUUUUUUAAAGUUAUCAAUAAUUUUAUUGCUCUCUUAAAAUAUUAGCAAUUUGUAAUAUAACAGUGAUAACAGAUGAUUUAUGUUGAAAUUAAAAUAUUUGCAAUGAUGUCUUAAAUCUUUCAUUUUAAAAGGAAAGUGGAAUGAGGAAUGAUGACAAAACAUUUAAAUUUUUACUCAGAAAUUUUCUUGUACAGGGUCCGUGUUCAUUUAUACUUUUUUUAUUUUAAUUUUCGCAUAGGUUCACAUUCUCAGAAGACCAGGGAAAUCUGCAGUUUUUAAAUCUCUUUUGAGUACAACUCCUCAAAGUAGGCUUAUACAUCAUUAAAUUGUAUUUAUUGACUAUUUAAAAGAAUUGCUUUUUAAUUAAUUUAAAAUUAUAUGAUGGCAUUUUCUAGUAUGCUAAUUUUUAUGUAAGUUCUUCAGUCAAUAAAAAAGUUUUUUUUUUUAAAUAGUGACUAUAACUUUAUUUUCAGGUUCCUCUCAGCCAUCUGUUUGUCAUUGUCUUUAUGAAUUACAAAAAGAAUGGACCAAACUCAUGGAGCAUCCUGAAGUUUUAGAUGACAGGCAUGUUCAAAACACACCUCCACACAAUGCAACCGUCUCAGAGAAAUGUGAUUUUCAUGAUGAUCUAAUAGAUCUAACAAUUGAGUACAGAGAAUGGGUGUCUGCUGCUCUUGACAAUGUCUUGAUUUGCGAGCAGAAGGUAUUAAUACCAACUAAUCAAUAAACAUUCAAAUAUCAUGGAAGAACUCAUUGAUAACCUUAUAUUUAUAACAGUGUAUGAAGUAAUUUAAUUAUAUUUAUAAUAGUGUAUGAAGUAUUUUAAUUAUAUUUAUAACAGUGAAUGAAAUAUUUUUAAAAAGAAUCGAGGUCAGGGAUUUUUAUUCUUUGUAAUUUUAUAUAAUGCCGAAAAUAUGAAGAAGUCAUGAAAAUCUGAUGAAGUCAUAUGAAAAUCUGAUGAAGCCAUAUGAAAAUCUGAUGAAGCCAUAUGAAAAUCUGAUGAAUUCAUAUGAAAAUCUGGUGAAGUCAUAUGAAAACCUGGUGAAGUCAUUUGAAAAUCUGAUGAAGUCAUAUGAAAACCUGAUGAAGUCAUAUGAAAACCUGAGGAAGUCAUAUGAAAACCUGAUGAAGUCAUGAAAAUCUGGUGAAGCCAUAUGAAAAUCUGAUAGUCAUAUGAAAAUCUGAUGAAGUCAUAUGAAAAUCUGGUGAAGUCAUUUGAAAACCUGAUGAAGUCAUAUGAAAACCUGAUGAAGUCAUAUGAAAACCUGAUGAAGUCAUAUGAAAACCUGAUGAAGCCAUAUGAAAAUCUGAUGAAGUCAUAUGAAAAUCUGAUGAAGUCAUAUGAAAAUCUGAUGAAGUCAUAUGAAAACCUGAUGAAGUCAAAUGAAAACCUGAUGAAGUCAUAUGAAAAUCUGGUGAAGUCAUAUGAAAAUCGGAUGAAGUCAUAGAAAGUGUUGGUUCUUAAUUGAGCUUUGAAUUCAUGAAUAUUGAAUUUUAGGUGGAGGAAAAUGAAUCUGAUUUAAUUGUAUGAUUAAUGUAUGAUGUCUUUCUGGGGUUUCUCUAUUUCAAAAUUUCUACAGUGGAUAUCAUUCUUUCUUUUUCAGUACAUCAAAUCAUGUUUGUGGCUAAUAUUGCUACAUAAUAAAGUAAAAUUUAAUGCACCACCUUACAUAGUAAGUAGUAUCUAUUCUUAUUUAUUCUAGCUUUAUUAAAUUUUCAAAACAUUUUGAAGCAUUAUUUUUGAAAUGCUUUAUUACAUUUUGAAGAAUACCGUUUUUUUAUGCCAAUUUAAAAGAAGCUGCAUCAUACUAGGGCUACCAUGGUUCAUCAGAAAUAUCAAGACAGAUUACCUCGCACACAUAUAGAUAACUAUCCAAUGGAUGAACAUACAACAUAAACAAGCUUAAAUUGAACGAUGAAAAGACCGAGCUGAUCCCCAUUGCUACCGCUCAAAAGCUAAAAUAUAUAACUAACACACAAACCCUUACUCUCUCAGUUAUACAGAUAGAGUUUUCUCAAACGGUGCGAAACCUGGGUGUCUACAUAAAAAGAACACUAACUAUGGAAAAUCACAUUAACAUGCAAGGCGAUUUUUCUAGAGCUCCGCAGAAUUAGUCAUAUCAGACUUUUCUUAACAUUAGACGCAUCGAAGAGGCUGAUGUCUGCAUUCGUGCUAUCACGCAUGGACUAUUGCAAUGCUCUUAUGGUGGGUCUUCCAGCUACGCUCCUGAAUAAAAUUCAAAAAGGACAGAAUAAUGCGGUUCGCAUUGUUCUUCGAAAACGCAAAUUCGACCAUGCUAAAACACUUCUGAGAGAGUUGCAUUAGCUGCUGGUCUGUGCUCGCAUAGAGUACAAAAUUGCAACUCAGUGCUACCGCUGCUUGCAUGACCUGGCGCCGUCCUAUCUCAAAGCGCUACUUAUGCCUCGUGUACCCAUUAGACAACUCCGCUCAUCUGAUUGUGGCAAACUCUCGAUAUCACGUGUUCGCCUUGAGACUUACGAUGGGCCCACUUUCGCAUUUGCUGGCCCAACAAUUUGGAACAUUCUUCCUAUCGCUAUCAGAAACAGCCAGACACUGGAGUCUUUCAAAACUGAUUUAAAGACUUAUCUUUUUCGCAAACAUCUGCUGGGGUGAUGUUGUCUAUCUAGCUGUUAUCUUUUAGAUGAAUAUUGGCCUGUGUUGUUUAUGGUUGCAAGGUAUGAAAGACUUAGAAUGGGUAUUCUUGUAUGUAGUUUUGUAAUGUUGAAUUUUGUACUUCAAUGUGGUAUAUACCGCGCUUCGAGCCAUUGGGGAUGAAGCGUGAUUUUCAAAUAAUCUUUAUUAUUAUUAUUAUUAUUAAAUUUUGUUUACCGGUAUUACAAAUUAAAUCCAGUAAAUUUGUAUAUUAGUUAAAAGAAAAUAUUGUUAUUUUUCACCAGUUCUUAUACUUGGCUAUUUUUGGUUUGGAACUUUCAUAAAUCAUCUUCCUUAUUACAUGAAAAAAUUAAUUAAACAUAAUUUGUUUUGCAGGAAAUGGAACAAACACUUUUAAAAUAUGUAUACAACCUCAGAAGUUUGAUUCAAGUUCAUUGCAUUUCCAUGGAGCAGCAGAAAGUUAUUAUUGCACCAGUCAAAACAAAUCAGCUGUCUGGAUGCUCACACAAUGUUCACGAUGAAUUUUUGGGAGUUGUAACAGUCCAGAUAUUUGUGAUGUUUUUAUUUCAUUCUACUUCUGGUUUUAGUGCUGGGUGGCAGAUUUGUUUAUCGGUUAGUAUAAAAUAAAUGGGAUCGAUGCUGCAUCCAAUUGAGUUAAUGUCACUCUGAUAUAGUUUUGUACCAUUCUACACGUCAUCAUAAUGCUUGGGGAACAUUAGGUUCCCCUUACCUAGGUGUAUUUAUGUCAAUCAUUUUUAUUUUAGUAGUUGCUAAAUAGUAAAAUUGUUUAAUAUUUAUUACUUAUUUUAAUCUAUUUUAAAUCAGUCCAAAAAAGAGGCAGGUUCAACGAAAUGGCAUUUACGGGCACACAAAAAUUAUGACUCCUAAAAAUAGAUUUCAAAUGCUGCUUAUUAGGUAUAAAAUAUGUAAAAAUGUAAUUCUGCUGUGCAGAGCAGUUGAGAAUGCAUUCUAAAAAAAUUCAUAGUUUUCUGUUUUCACAAUUAUUCUAUUCAGCACCGAAGCAAUCAAAAUUGAAUGUUUAAAAAAUUUGACACUAGGGCAAAUAUGCUAAAUAUUACUCUUGGUGGAUGUAGCAAGUUCAUUGUGAAAACACAAAACAAUAUGAUUAUUAUUACAAAACAUAGUGAUGUUAUCCCCUACCCCUCCCUACUGUACGUGUCAAGUCCGCACAACCUCCUUUCCCCCCACAAGUAUAUAAUUAAGGAUGGUACCUAGCCAAUGGUAUUUCUCUGUCCAUUCAACACCAAGUAUAUAAUUAAGGAUGGUCCCUAGCCAAUGGUAUUUCUCUGUCCAUUCAACACCAAGCAUAGAAAGAGGAUGGUCCCAAGACAAUGGUAUUUCUCUGUCCAUUCAACACCAAUUAUAUAAUUAAGGAUGGUACCUAGCCAAUGGUAUUUCUCUGUCCAUUCAACACCAAGUAUAGAAAGAGGAUGGUCCCUAACCAAUGGUAUUUCUCUGUCCAUUCAACACCAAUUAUAUAAUUAAGGAUGGUUCCUAACCAAUGGUAUUUCUCUGUCCAUUCAACACCAAGUAUAUAAUUAAGGAUGGUCCCUAGCCAAUGGUAUUUCUCUGUCCAUUCAACACCAAGCAUAGAAAGAGGAUGGUCCCAAGACAAUGGUAUUUCUCUGUCCAUUCAACACCAAUUAUAUAAUUAAGGAUGGUACCUAGCCAAUGGUAUUUCUCUGUCCAUUUAACACCAAGUAUAGAAAGAGGAUGGUUCCCUAACCAAUGGUAUUUCUCUCUCCAUUCAACACCAAUUAUAUAAUUAAGGAUGGUACCUAGCCAAUGGUAUUUCUCUGUCCAUUCAACACCAAGUAUAGAAAGAGGAUGGUACCUAGCCUAUGGUAUUUCUCUGUCCAUUCAACACGAAGUAUAGAAAGGCGCUAAAACUAACAACCAAAAACUUUUUUUUUAAGCUUAAAAGGCACCGGUAUAUAUAUAUAUUUGUUUUUUGUAAAAUCGUAGUUCUGGCGGGUGUCGGCAUAUAAUUGUAAAAGACAUCUGAAAAUCAUAACAAUGGACGCCAAAAUCAUAAGAGUAAACAGGUCUGGAACAUUGGUCCUAACAUUUCCAAUGUUUAUUCUUUUACUUUUUGCAUCCAUUAACCAAGUUUGGUAUGGAUGAUUUUUAAUGAGAGUGUAAUUAGAAUAAUCAUAAUUAUUUUUCUCUUCAGGUUAGACAACUGGAGAUGGUGACUAAAUAUUUAAUUUAUCACUACCAGAAUUUGGAAGUUAACCCUAAUCUUUGGAAAGACACUAAAAGAAAGGCAUUCAGGGUAUUUCUUAAUGAUCUAAUCUCAAGAUUAAACUCAGAGGAAACUGUGAUAUCUGCACAUUUUAAAAGUCCUCAAGAUGAGAUGUAUAAAAUUUUAGCUACUUUAUAGCUGUCAGAAUUUAUGUAAAAUUAAAAAAAAUAAUAAAAUAUAGAUC